CUAACCUGUACCUGAUCCGAGUUCAGCUCCCCUGCUUCAUCCCCUAUUCCAUGGCGACGCCGCCGCCGCUCCUCCGACUCCACCCUCACCGCAUCCUCCCUCGCCUCCGCCGCUUCACCUCUGGCCGCCUCCUUCUCUGCCUCCACCCCAAAUCCCUCUACGCCACUGCCUCCACAUCACAAGCCGCACCAACCCCGCCUCCCCAACCUCCUCCCCACGGCCCCUCGCUCCGCCGCGGUCGCCCAACGACAGGCCAUCCUCCCGAAGCGCCCCUCUCCUUCUCGCGCACAUUCGACCUCGCGGCCCUCCGCGUUCCCGCCGCCGCCUGCGCGUCCCUCGAGCGCCGCCUGCGCGGACACUUGCUCAACUGGCCCCGGGUCCGCAACAUCGCCCGUCUCCCCAACGACGACGGCGACGGCCUCAUAUCUCCCCCCACGUCACCCGGGUCCUCCUCCGCCCUCCCGCCGACCGCGGUGGCGCGCCGCGAGAAGCUGGCCCGCGAGUUCAAUGCCCGCGGCUUCGUGGAGUUCCCCAUCCUCGCUAAGAUGUCACGGCCCACCGGGCGGACGCGAAGGGAGACGAAGGGGAGAGCAGCCGGCGGCAAGGAGACCAAGUACGAGAAAGACAAGGUCUAUGUCGUGGAGGUGCUGGAGCAGGGAGGGGAGGACGACGAAGACGAAUGGAAGGGGUUAGUCGGGGAGAAAGGGUUCGGGAAGGGCGCGUGGCGAGGGGAGCCCACCCGGCUGCUGCUGCUGGAUGAGGGUCACGCCAAGAGGAGAGUUGAUGAGCUCCCCGAGGCCGUCAAGGUUGUGUUAGAACACGAAGCCAACCAGGGUGGACCUUUUGCCUAUGAGCUUGUGCAAUGUCAGCUAACCCUGUUCUAUGAUUACUGGCCAAUGAAUGAGGUCUUGGAGGCAUUACUUCCUGAAGGGAUAAUCAUUCCUGCAGGCUUUGAGACAGUAGGACAUAUUGCCCACUUGAACUUGAGGGAUGAACACUUACCUUAUAAGACACUUAUAGCUCAGGUCGUUCUAGACAAAAACAAGCCAAAGAUCCAAACUGUUGUCAAUAAGAUUGAUGCUAUUCAAAAUGAUUACAGAACUAUGCAACUUGAAAUCUUAGCUGGCCACGAUUCCCUUGUUACAACAGUUAUUGAGAGUGGCCUUCGUUUUCAAGUUGAUCUUGCAACAGUCUAUUGGAAUUCUAGAUUAUCAACAGAAAGGCAGAGGCUUGUCAACAAUAUCUUUCAAAAUUCUGAUGUUGUAUGUGAUGUAUUCUCUGGUGUUGGGCCAAUAGCAAUUUCAGCUGCAAAAAAAGUCAAAUAUGUUUAUGCAAAUGACCUAAACCCAGCUGCAGUUGAGUACCUUGAGCAAAACAUUGUUCUUAACAAACUUGAGAGAAAAAUUGAGGUAUUUAACAUGGAUGCCAGAAGGUUUGUUAAUGCGAUGUACUCAAGCCAACAUGUGCAUCCAGUCACACAAGUAGUAAUGAAUUUGCCCAAGGACGCUGCAGAAUUUUUAGAUGUGUUCAGAGGAAUCUUAAGAAACAGACAAACAGGACACAUCGCCAUGCCAAAGAUCCAUGUGUAUGGAUUCUCCAAAGCCGAGGAUCCUGAAUAUGACUUUCAUGAGAGGAUAAAUGUAGCAUUGUGUGACAGUGUGACGGGCGUCGAAAUGCACAGGGUACGGCUUGUUGCCCCUGGGAAAUGGAUGCUCUGUGCGUCUUUUACCCUUCCAGAAUCUGUGGCAUCCGCAAAGGCGAAUUACAUUACCUGCUAAAUAUUUGUAAUCAGAUGGUUUACUAGACUAGACUUAUAGCAGACGAAAGAGAAGUUGUGUGCUCGGGCUCUAGUGAGCCUGUUUUUUCAAAAGAAUGAAAAUCACAUUUUAAAGUUUCAAAAAGUCUGAUUUUUUUUUCUAAAUAUGCAUAUGAUUAUAUACCACAUAUGUGUAAAAUUUCAUGAUGAAACAUAAGGUGUAAAUUUACACAGCCGCAAACCUUUCCCUUAUCCCUGGUCGCUUGGUAUUGUCGGCCACUCCUAUAUGAGUGACCCCAGCCUGCGUCAUAUAGUUGAAGCUUAGCUGAAGACUCCUCCAGAUGGGCUGGCCCAUGUAACGGCUAUUCUGUUUCGGUUUGUUUCUUCACUUCUUUCUUCUCCUUUUCUCUUUUCAGAUCUUGAGUUUUUUUAGUAUUUUCAUUUUGUAAAGGUUUUGCAAUGUAUGAUGAACUUUUUU